AUGAAUUGUACUCAGUUAACUUGGUCAUCAAACUCAGUCGAUGGUCUCAGUCCUACUGUUAUCGUUUGUUCAAUUGCUGUUUUUACUCAUACUAUCUUUUGGCUUCAACUUAUACCAUUUUCAGCAUUAAGACAAAGAAAUAUGAUGUGGUUACAUGCAUAUUUAAUAACGGAUUUUUUUCUUCUCGGUCGAUUUUUUAUUUUCUAUUGUAUGCGUCAUUGGAAUGUUUGUUUAUAUCCAACAUUUCGGUUGAUCAUAUGUUAUUCUGAAGCAACAUCAAAAUUUUAUACUAGCAUUGUACAAAGUUAUAUUUUAUUAGCAUUCAAUAUAUGUCGUUGCGCACAAAUUAUAUUUAAUCGAAAUGUUUUUAUAAAAGAUCCUUGUUUAAUUAUUUUAACUCAUUUUUUAAUUUAUAUUUUACCAGCACUUGAUAUCACAAUACAAAUUCUUUGUAAUUGGACUAUGUUAUUGGGUCAAGCAGGAGAGUCUUGUGAUAUAGUAUAUAUUUCCUUAGCAGUAGCGAUGUUUAAUCUAUUCAUCACAUAUAUUAUUCCAAUUGGGUUGAAUACUAUAAUCAUUGGAUGUUGUAUUCGUCAUGUAAGUUCAAUAAGAGAUAUUCGUAGUCAACAAGUAAUCAAUCUUCGUCGUAAACAUAAAAAAACUCUUUUAAUUCACACAAUAAUAUUUUAUUCAAUUUGGCUUGUAUUAUGGAGUCCAAAUGUACUUGCUUUUCAAUUUAUUGAUGUUAAUAGUCAACUUGGCAUUUAUACUUCUUUGCUUAAUUAUAUAGAAAUAGCAAUAGAUCCAAUUCUUGUCGCUGUACUUGACGUUCGUUAUCUUCAAUCAUGGAAAAUAAUAUGGGGCAAAAUAAAAAGAUAUCGACAGAGACCUGUUGUUGCAGUGUUACCAGCUACUUCUGUACGAAUCCAUUGA